AUGAUGCGCCACAAUCGACCUGACCGCGGUGGACGUUCGGAUCGUCCUCGUCGCUCCAGGAGCCGCUCUCCACAUGGCGCUAGAGUCAUCUACAUCAACAAUUUGCCCUGGCAGCUUCGAUGGAUUGAACUAAAGAAUAUCCUGCAGGAGAAGGGAGGAGAGCUCCUGUGGGUCGACAUCCUGCAAGAGAAGGAUGGGCGUUCCAAGGGCGCCGCAAUCGCCGAAUUCAAGAAGCCUGAUGAUGCCGAUCGUUGCGUGCGGGCCAUGAGCCAAAAAUUUGAGAUAUCUGGAAGGACCAUCUAUGUGAAGCAGAUCAGGGACCCACACCAGUUCUUGCGCAAGAUCAAGGAGGAAACCGGCGUUGACUACUUGGCUAGGAGCGGCGGUGAUCGCAGUAACCCGCCACGUGGAGCACCCCCUGUUGAUAGCGGUCGUAUUGAAAAUCACGAUACUUAUGGACUGAGCAUGGAUUUCCUGCGUACGCACAACAUCGACCCCCCGCUAGUUACGAAAGUCUUUGUGGCGAAUAUCCCAUUCACGGUCGGCACGGGCAAGCUCUGCGAUGUUUUUGGAAUGGCCGGCCAAAUCAAGUGGAUUGACCUUCAGAUGGACAAGGAGGGCCGCAGCCGCGGAACGGCCGUGAUUGAAUAUGGACAUCCGUUGGAGGCCGUGCAAGCCGUCUCUCUCUUCAACCAGCAGAAACUGCUUGAUCGCCCUUUGCUCGUCAAGCUCGACCGUAUGACGAAGAAUGAGGACAGCGGUCCGAAGCGCCCAGGAGAAUUGCCACGUGGACUGCUGAGCAUCGGCAUGGGCCUGGGCACUGAUGGAGCCGCCAUUUCUGACAUCAACAAGAUUCUCAUGGCGCAAGCGAAUGCUAUGGGAGACUUUAUGCCACCGCCAAUGCAACAGCCGCCGAUCCAUCAAAACAUGGCUCCAGUCAUGUCGGCACCGGUACCGGCCCCGCAACCGUACGGCGGCGUGCCCCCUCCUCAGAUGAACAUGCCUCCAAUGAACGCUUUUGCCGGCGACCGCUAUGCGCCCUCGAACAACAUGGGUUUCGGCAGCGCCGUCCCGCAACAGGCCCCCGUUUCGAACAGUUUCCGUGGCUUCGGCGCAGAUGCCUAUGGAGGAGGUGGAAUGGAUCGCAUGCCUGGUGGCGGCAUGGAUCGUAUGGGAGGCGGUGCCAUGGAUCGUAUGGGAGGCAACGCGAAUCCAUUUGGGCAACCUCAAGUGAAACAAGAUCCGCCGUCGGCGUUCGGAGGAAGCGGAUUUGGUGGGAGUAUGGGCAACUCGCGGUUCAUCGUUAUCAAAAAUCUGCCGCACGACUAUACGUGGCAGAUUGUCAGUGACCGGGUCGCUUCAUUCGGAGAGGUUGAGGGUGUCGAGAUGGCGGGCGCCGGGGUCGCAAAGGUGCGCUACGCUACGACAGCAGAUGCGGAGCGUGCGAAGGCGGCACUCAGCGGAACGGUUGUCGAAGGACGCGGCAUCCUCGUCGAAUUUAUCCACCCG